CGCCCGGCGCAAUGUCCAAGGAGGGAAAAUAGUGAGCGACGGAGGUCGCGGGGUGAGGAAGGACGGUAAACGAGGAGAAUCCGAGACGUCGUCGCCGUCUGGUGCUCUUCUGUUGCGUGCGGCCGGUAACUUCCGCUAGCGGGGUACCUGUCGAAGAGGAAGCCGACGAGCCCGCCGUGAGAUCGAGGCUCAAGGCGCCCCGCGAUAUUAUGGGUAACGCCCAGAAGAAGGCUGCCCAACAUCCGUCCAGGGGCAUCUACGCGCCCAGCGGUACCGUCAAGAAGGUGCACUGGGACGGUCCAGGAUUGCCCGCGCCUCCGGGCAAGCCAAUCCUCAUCCCAGGCGAGGAGGACUCACAGCCCGAUGUCGUCGGCAUACGGUGGGAGCGCUCACCUUUCAAUGGUGGCUCCUCUAUUAUUGGCUACCACGUGGAGCACCGUAAAAUGGGCUCGCCCAAUUGGGUCAGGUCAGCACCCGUACUUUGCACCUUUCCCGAGCUGACGCUCAGUGGUCUUGAGCCCGGUUGGCGAUAUCAGUUCCGCAUUAGAGCUCAGAAUGCGCUCGGACUCUCCGAGCCCAGUGAGCUCUCGGAUCCGCUCACUGUCACACUCCAGAGAACAGCAUCAAUCGCGCCCCGAUUUGACAUGGAGCUUAGGGACUUCGUUGCGCUCGAGGGUGAACAGGCAGAAUUUUCAGUUGUCUACAUGGGAAUACCUACACCAAAAGUAGCCUGGUUUAAAGAUGGUUUUGAAAUUUUUAGUAGUCGGCGGACCACAAUUACAACUGAUAGUGGCAAAAGUAUACUUAUUAUUUAUAAAACAUUAAUAGAUGAUGAAGGAGAAAUUAAAUGUUCUGCUACAAACCGAGCUGGUCACAUUAGUACUCGAGCGAAACUCAUGGUUGAAGCACCACCCCAUGUCAGAUUACCUCGGCAAUAUGAUGAUGGGCUGCUUUUCGAACAGGGAGAAACGAUUAGACUGAAAGCGAUUAACGGUGGUCGACCACCACCUAGUUUAACCUGGUAUCAUAAUAACGAGAUUAUCAUUGUUGAUCAGCGACAUAAUUUUGAAUCUAUAACAGACAAUGAAACGAUUCUAAAGAUUCAAGAUGCGAAACGUCAGGACCGUGGCGAAUACUCGAUCAGAGCGGUUAAUAAACUUGGCGAAGACAUAGCAUCUUUUUUAGUCACCGUCACAGAUCGUCCUGCUGCACCCGGAAAAACAAUAGUUUCGGGAACAUUGGGAAGAACCGUAACUUUGGAGUGGAAGGAACCUGACGAUGACGGUGGUUGUAAAAUUGGAACUUAUAUUAUCGAGUAUUAUAGAAUUGGAUGGGAUGUAUGGUUAAAAGCCGCAACUUGUAGACAAACGACAGCAACAUUAAAUGAUUUAAUAGAAGGAUCAGAGUACCGAUUUCGUAUCAAAGCAGAGAAUCCUUAUGGCCUUAGCGAUCCUAAUGAAGAGAGCGAUAUUGUAUUUAUACCUGAUCCGAAGAGAGGAAUAACUGAGCCGAAUAUGCGAGCAAAAUCAGCGAGCCAUCGGGAUAUUCCGCGAGGGCGCACUGAAAGGCGCGAGGUGAACCUUAAGGAGCCCUCUCACAGGACGCGUAGUCUCACCCGCGAGGAGGAAUCGAGUCGUGCAACGUUAGCUGCCUAUGAGCGUACCACUUCCACUCAAUGGCUCAAUAUCUCAUCGAACUACUCCAGAGCCUCACGGACUGACAGCCGCGUCACUUUUGCUCUGGACACAACGAGACGCGGAAAAAACGAACCUAAUCGACAGUGGUCCAAAGACGAUAUUCCCCAGCCUCGUGAACUCGAUAUUUUGGAUAGAGCUACAUCACCUCAGACAGCAGUGAUGACAACACCAAAUUUCGAUGACUCGGGCGGCCAGAUGUCUUACUUAGAAUCACGUUCGAAUCACUCGUCCCCGACGCGGAAUCAUAGUCUUGCAUCAUCAGCGAUGGACAAUACAACAAUAACACAUAUUAAGAAAGGCACUGAAAGCUGUGAAUCUGUAUUUAGUUCACCACCGACGCCUAAGCGCAGGCGAAGUAGUGAUGCAAGUGUGAGCUUGUGCAUUCAGAAACAGGACGAGGAGAGUAUGCUACACGAUAGCUCGGAAUUUAUGUUGGUAUUAUAUCCAGGCGAAGAGGAUGACGAGUUAAAUCAGUCAAGACGAAUUAAAAAGAGGAAUAAUUCAAUGGAGCAUCGAAAUAAUAUCGAAGAGCCUGCAGAUUCAGAUGAAGAAGAUCUUAUUCCACCACCUAUGUCCCUUUCACUUCCUGAGCUAUUCAGCACUGGCCAUCGUGUUGUGGAAAUCAUUCGUGAAGCUGUCAGUUCGACUGAGCUUUUGCACGAGCGCGCCAUGGAACGCUUUUACCGAGCGGUCGAAGUUGAGAAAUCAACCGAGCAGACUCGAAUAAAGUUUCAAACAUCGGACUUGGGCUGGCAUAGAUCCACCAGUGGCCAAAGCGACGACACCUAUCCUUUAUUCAGCGCGAGAACCCGCUCAGUGCGUAGGCGUUUGUCGAAUUCGGGCGGCACAGCUACCACGUGGUUACUGAAACGUGAUCGUCGAAGAUCCAGUGAGGGCCAAGCUAAGGUGCCGACAUUCAAGGUGCCCAACGUUUUUAUCACAGCGCCUUUGGAAAACGUCUCGUCGGAUCCAAAUCUAUUUAUGAGUAACGAAGUGCUUGCUCAAAAGGUAGAGCCGUGGACGAUCACUGGCGGUAUCGCGGGUAGUGUCGAACGUUUGCGCAGAUGGCACGAACCCGGUCUCGAUCUUAGUAAUGAAAAAUCUAUCACCGAAAUGAUCGACAAAGACAGUCCUCAGAGUAAGGAGGAGGGACUUCAUAAGCUGCUAGAAAUAAAAGGUAUAUCAAAAUUCGAAGAAGAAUACGAUGAAGUUGCACCCGAUUCUGGUGAAAUUCUUGCUGAAGACAGCGUCGAAACGUCAGGUAUUUCUUCUGAAGAAGAAAGUACGGAUAGUGAGGAUUUAAAGCAACUGAAAGCGAGAAUAAUGGCCAUCCCCAUAUCUGAUGAAGAGGACACAUAUCAUCCGCACGGCCGUAUGAUUUUGCAUGUCGAUCCGGAAAAACCUCCGCCUGUUCCACCGCACAGGAUCCCCUUGCACGAUUUUUCGCCACCAUUACCAGACAGAACGAAUUUAUCACCAACAAAUUUAAUCCCAAUAUCUCAAAGUAAUACCACUCAACCAAAAUCAAUACUGAAAAAACGUACGGAGCCGGAGUCGGUGCCAUUAUUAAACCAAUUUGGUCGAUCUAUUCCUCCCGAAAAACCGCUUCGUAAAUCAUUGCCUCUUUAUGAUGAUUUUGGCAUAGUUGUGCCUAAUAGUAUCAAGUCGAUGUCAAACUUAGAAUUUUCAAACAAUACUUCUACUUUAGAACAAAAUAUUUCAUUUCGUACAUUGGAAUCCUCAUCUACAUCUGCAAUUAGUGUAACAAGUACAAUAACAGACGUUGAUCUCGAUAAGGAAGCUGUAAUUUCUGCAGGAGAAGCAGCAGUAAUUAAGAGAAAACAAAUGAGACAUAAUUCUAAGACAAUGCUUUCAUUAGACGAUAAUGAAGAGGAAAAAGAGGAAAAAAUGGCCGUAGUAAGUCAUUAUACAGAACUUGUUGAGCAGUACUCCAAUCCGGAACUUCGACAACGCUCAUUAAGCCGUGAUAGAGAACAAAAACUAUAUGAAAACCGGUCAGAAUCUAGAGUUACAUCACCGAUUCCAACAAAUCAAUCAGAUUUUUACAAAGACAAACAAUUUGCGACAUCUAAUAAAAUUAUAACAUCAAUUUCACCUAAUAAACCGACAUGUAAUAAAAUUAUAACAUCAAUUUCACCGAUGGUACCAUUAAUGUCGUCAAAAAUAAUUACACCGAUUCCACCAGUAAUACCAACGACACCUAUUCUAAAAGCUAAACGAUUAACAUUAACAGAGCAAAAUUCAAGGCGUGGAAGUUUGACGAAUAGAGUAAAUAGAGUAGAGCCGGAGACCCCGACUACAAGGGGAAGAUCAAGAAAACAAGAGCCAGUUAAUGAGGUGAAAAGAAUCAGGAAAACUAGUAGAGAAGAUUUGAGAAAGAUUCCAAUACAAAAAAGAACAGAAAAUCGAUCUUCAUCAAGAAAUGAGAGUCGACCAAAUUCACCGAAUGAAUCACCAAUUUGUAGAUCCCGAAAUGUUUCAAGGGAUCGAGAAUCAUCAAGACCUGGAUCGCGAUCUUCAUCUACGACAAGAGCAAAUGAGUUUAGGUCGGUCAAUAGUAUUAAAUCCUCUAGUGGUAUGAAGAGUAGUCGUCCUUCUUCCAGGUCAAGUUCAAAGGAUCGAUCUAGAGCAAAUACACCAACCGAAACGCAGAUGGAGCGUCUUCAACGAGCUCUGGAAAAUAAAAAGGAUCGAAUAAGAAAAAACUCUAUUAUGGACGAUACUAGAAUGAAAGAGGGAGACAAGGAUAUUAAAAAUAUAAUGUUGGCAAUCAAUGCAGAGCGAAAGGUUCGCACGACAAUUAGUUAUAUUACUGACGUGGUUUUGUUGUUAGCUGCAAUGUAUGUGUAUUUAUUUAAAAAGGAAAUUCUAGCAAUUCCUAUAAUUGGAUUAUUACUUUAUCGUUACAUACAGCAGGAAAUUCGCGAUUGGGUUCCGACUUGGUGGGAGCAUAAGAAUAAAAGACGUUAUCAAUGAUAAUGACUUAUGCACACUGUUGUUUUUUCCAUUAUUUUUUAAAGGAGAAUGUUAAGAAUGAAUUCACAUU